ACUGAACACCGCAUUCGACGUACGCGAAAGCUGCAGCGGACAAACGCGAUUGGUGCCGAAGAGGGUCCUGGUGAUUCCGCAAUACACAGGCGAACGGGUGAAGGCAGCCAAACGGCGACCUAGCCACAUGUUUAAAUUACCUAUCUAACUACGUUUAUUGGGUAGUUCGCUAUUUAAAAAGAAAGGGUCCUAGGUACAUUUCAGGCUGCGAUGGUGGUUUAAAUCACUAUUUCUAACGUUUCACGGGAGAGCUCGUGGAGCAUAACCGGCGAAUUCAAGCAGAGGCAAACAGUUAGCAACCCUUAGCCUGUUAGCUAACCGUUAGCUGAGCUGCCGCUAAUCGUCCACUCUCUGGCACCUGCACGCCGUGUUGCGCUGUGCUACGGCCAAUUAACCGUCAGUCAGCAACGUGGACCCCCGUUCUGUAUAUUUCAGGUAUUUUUUUUUGUUUAAACCACGGGGUGAAACCACCGGAGCCGAGACCCGUGAUAGUUUGAGGUUGGGACCAAUAGGGCGAAACAAGCGGUGUCCUCAAGUGGCUGUUCACCAUGGACAACGCUCACACGAAGACGGUCGAGGAAGUUUACAGCUUUUUUAACGUGAACGAAAGCACGGGCCUGAGUUCGGAGCAAGUGAAAAAGCAACGGGAGCGAUAUGGACCCAACGAACUGCCGGCUGAAGAGGGUAAAUCUCUCUGGGAACUAGUGAUUGACCAGUUUGAGGAUUUGCUCGUGAGGAUCCUUUUACUUGCUGCCUGCAUAUCUUUUGUGCUGGCCUGGUUUGAAGAGGGAGAAGAAACCAUAACAGCCUUUGUGGAGCCUUUUGUUAUCCUUCUUAUUCUCAUAGCGAACGCUAUUGUUGGAGUCUGGCAGGAACGAAAUGCAGAAAAUGCCAUCGAAGCACUAAAAGAGUAUGAGCCGGAGAUGGGGAAGGUGUACCGCCAGGAUAGGAAGAGUGUCCAGAGAAUCAAGGCCAGGGACAUUGUUCCUGGGGACAUUGUGGAGGUGGCAGUUGGUGAUAAAGUGCCUGCAGACAUAAGGCUGACUUCUAUCAAGUCAACCACGCUGAGGGUAGACCAGUCAAUUUUAACAGGAGAGUCGGUGUCUGUGAUCAAACACACCGACCCGGUGCCUGACCCGCGUGCUGUCAACCAGGACAAGAAAAACAUGCUUUUUUCUGGAACCAACAUCGCAGCUGGGAAGGCUGUCGGUGUGGUGGUGGCCACGGGAGGGAACACGGAGAUCGGCAAAAUCCGAGAUGAGAUGGCUUCAACGGAACAGGAGCGCACACCGCUGCAGCAGAAGCUAGAUGAGUUUGGACAGCAACUGUCCAAGGUCAUUACACUGAUCUGCAUUGCUGUGUGGAUCAUCAACAUUGGGCAUUUUAAUGAUCCUGUCCAUGGAGGUUCCUGGAUCCGAGGUGCUGUCUACUACUUCAAGAUUGCUGUGGCUCUUGCAGUUGCUGCUAUCCCUGAGGGCCUGCCUGCUGUCAUCACUACUUGCCUAGCGCUAGGAACACGCCGCAUGGCCAAAAAGAAUGCCAUUGUCCGUAGUUUGCCUUCAGUGGAGACCCUUGGUUGUACAUCUGUCAUCUGCUCUGACAAGACUGGGACGCUGACCACCAAUCAGAUGUCUGUGUGCAGGAUGUUUAUCAUUGACAAAGCAGCAGGAGAGCAUUGUUCCUUGAAGGAAUUCACAGUUACGGGCUCCACAUAUUCGCCAGAUGGAGAAGUGUACCAUGAUGGCAAGACGGUUAAAUGUUCCCAAUAUGAUGCCUUGGUGGAGCUGGCCUCUAUCUGUGCCCUCUGUAACGAUUCCUCAUUGGACUAUAAUGAGACCAAAGGUGUGUAUGAGAAAGUGGGUGAGGCUACAGAGACAGCUCUCACUUGCUUGGUGGAGAAGAUGAAUGUGUUUGAUACAGACGUCAAAGGCCUCUCCAAGAUUGAACGUGCCAACUCCUGUAACUCUGUGAUUAAGCAGCUGAUGAAAAAAGAAUUUACCCUGGAGUUUUCUCGGGAUCGCAAAUCCAUGUCUGUGUACUGCACUCCCAACAAAGCCCGCUCAUCUGUUGGCAAGAUGUUUGUAAAGGGAGCCCCUGAAGGAGUGAUUGACAGGUGCACACAUGUUCGCGUGGGCAGCAACAAGGUGCCUUUGACGCCCGGCAUCAAGGAAAAACUAAUGUCUGUGAUCAGAGAGUAUGGAACAGGCAGGGACACACUGCGCUGCCUGGCACUUGCCACCCGGGAUAACCCACUGAGCAAAGAUGAACUAGUUUUAGAAGACUCCACUCGCUUUAUUGAGUAUGAGACUGACCUGACAUUUGUUGGCUGCGUGGGCAUGCUGGAUCCUCCCAGAGCAGAGGUGGCGGCCUCCAUUAGACUGUGCCGCCUUGCGGGCAUUCGAGUGAUUAUGAUAACUGGCGACAACAAGGGCACAGCUGUGGCUAUCUGCAGACGUAUUGGCAUUUUUGGGGAGGAAGAUGACGUCUCCAGCAUGGCCUUCACUGGCAGAGAGUUUGAUGACCUCUCACCUGCUGCACAGAGGGAAGCUGUGGUCAAAGCUCGCUGCUUUGCCCGUGUUGAGCCCUCACACAAGUCCAAGAUUGUUGAAUAUCUGCAGUCCUAUGAUGAGAUCACAGCAAUGACUGGUGAUGGAGUAAAUGAUGCCCCUGCUCUAAAGAAGGCUGAGAUUGGUAUCGCCAUGGGCUCAGGCACAGCUGUGGCUAAAACGGCCUCUGAGAUGGUGCUGGCUGACGACAACUUUUCCACCAUCGUAGCUGCUGUGGAGGAAGGAAGAGCCAUUUACAACAACAUGAAACAGUUCAUCCGAUACCUGAUUUCUUCCAAUGUGGGCGAAGUUGUCUGUAUCUUCCUGACGGCAGCUCUAGGCUUCCCUGAAGCACUCAUCCCUGUUCAGCUGCUUUGGGUCAACCUGGUGACUGAUGGUUUGCCUGCCACUGCCUUGGGCUUCAACCCACCAGACCUGGACAUCAUGAACAAACCUCCACGCAAUGCCCGUGAGCCACUCAUCUCUGGAUGGCUCUUUUUCAGAUACCUAGCUAUUGGAUGUUACGUGGGCGCUGCCACUGUUGGUGCUGCUGCCUGGUGGUUUGUUGCUGCUGAGGAUGGCCCAAAGAUCACCUUUCAUCAGCUGAGUCACUUUUUGCAGUGUGGUCCAGAGAAUCCUGACUUUGAAAAUCUGGACUGUAAGGUGUUUGAGUCCCCUUACCCGAUGACCAUGGCCCUGUCGGUGCUGGUCACCAUUGAGAUGUGCAAUGCCCUGAACAGCGUGUCGGAGAACCAGUCUCUGCUACGUAUGCCUCCCUGGGAGAAUGUGUGGCUCCUGGGAGCCAUCUGCCUCUCCAUGUCCCUUCACUUCCUCAUCCUCUACGUGGAGCCUCUUCCAAUAAUCUUCCAGAUCACCCCUCUCAACCUGACACAGUGGCUGAUGGUGCUCAAGAUAUCUCUGCCUGUCAUUCUGCUGGAUGAGCUGCUCAAGUUUGCUGCCAGAAACUACCUGGAGCCUGGUAAAGACCUGGAGAAGCCGGCCAGCUCGAGAGGCUGCUGCCUCUCUGCAUGUAUGGAGGGAAUUUCCUGGCCCUUCGUGGCCAUAUGCCUCCCGAUGGUCCUCUGGAUCUACAGCACAGACACUAACAUGGCCGACAUGUUCUGGUCCUGACUGACUUGAGCACAACCUCAACUUUUCAAUUUCUCUCCCCACCCCCAACACCACCACUUCCUCCUCCCUCCUUCCUCUCUGCCUUCCUACAUGUGCAUAGCUAGCGUGUGUGCGCGUGUUUGUAGAGUUAGUGCGUGUGUGUGUGUGCUUGUGCGUGCCUACCGUGUAUGUACGAGGAGGACCAACUUUAUCAGAUUAAACGUAACAAAUAAUAUAAUGCGUUAACAUUAGGAAGUCACUAGUUUGACUUGGGAUAGGAUGUGUGAAUGCGUGAGACGUUGAAUACGAGGGUUAAAGGCCACCACUCCCCCUGUUGCUGGUUGAAAAGAAAGUAUACUGUUCCCAUCAUUUACUUUUGGUCUAAUGUCAAUAUUGCCUUUAAGAUUUUAAUUUUUAUGUUCUGGGAAUAUCAUUUGUUUUAUCACUACAGUAACAGUAGAUUUUGUUUAGCGCUUCUCUUAAUGAGGAAACAUUUAGGACUUCAUCCAUUGAUCUGUACAGAGAAUGAACACUAUUUUAUGCAACUUUAUUUUUAUGGCUGUGUAAACGGUUUGACCAGCGUGGCUUAGACAUAAUGCCUUUCUUUAUGUUCCAAUGUUUACCAUCGUGUCUUCAGUAUAAACACAGAACUCUUUCAGAGAGGACAGCUUCCAUGUGACAGACAAGGACGGGGAGAGGUUUGGGAGUGAAUGUUGAAUGCUCUGCUUAAACAAAAGAAAACAAAAAGCCGCAUGUCCUGUGACCAAGCAUGAACUGUACGUGGUUUCUUAUUCCUAAUUUAAUUACGUAUCCCCCCCCCCUCCCCCGUGUUGGAGUAUAAAUUAACUUCAUGGAUGUUUUUUUUUCUACAACAAAUAAGCCAGUUUUUCUGCACUGAGCAGAGCACAGCUACCUCAAUAUGUUAUUUUUUUGCUCAUCUCUAGAUGCUUUUCCUAAAUGAUAAUGCUGAAGCGUAACAUCUGAGGUGUGCCCCUAUUUGCUUGUGCAGAAAACAAAGACUAGUCCUUUUCAUUCCCUGUAACAUUUUAAGGACACAUUUAGUUUGUACUGAAUUGUGAUGCUCAUUAGCUUUAUUUGUUUUGCUGUGCAGAUGGAACUGGUUGGGGAUGCUUUUUGUGAACUUCCAUCUCCAUGGCAUUUGAUUCAAAGGACAUUAACAUUAAAGAAAAAAAAUACUAAUACAAUAAGAACUCCAAAUCAUCUUGGAUUGCAAAUAAGUAAACAAUGUUUUUUACUUUAAGGAAAAAUACACUCUUGAACCCUUUGAAUCAAAGUGUUUUCUGUCUUUAUUUAAUAUUGUUCAGGUCAGUGGUUACACUUCAUUUGCAGACUUUUUUUUAUUUACAUUUUAUAAGUGCAUCUGAUACUUGAAUACAAAUCAUUUCAGACAUAUGAAUGCUUUAGGUUCCUUAACAUGAUAGGCAGGGAAGCAGGAUUUAUGUAUAUUUGACAUUUGCAGGUUUUAAUAAUGAGUCUUAGUCUUAGAACCGAACUUUGCAGUGCUGUGCACACCUUUGCUUUGAGGCGAUCAGCUGCACUAAUCGCAUCGGUUUGAUCUGGAAAUGUUCAUGUGUGAGGAAAACUGUUAAAGGCAUGUUUUCUGGGUUUGUUCACACUGUGUGUUUGUGUUCCACUUAACUGUGUGCUUCCUUCCUCAUUGCCUUCCAUUGGCUCGCCUGUCACUAAAGCUGGCUCUCAUAAAACCCUUAAUAUAAUUUCGGAGCGACCUCAGGCUCCUGGAGUGCUCACCCUAUAACAUCACACACCUCAGGCACCACAAUGACCAGCAAGCAGUGUGUGUACCACUAGUCAGACAAAAGAACAUUCUCACAAAAAAGAGACCAACCACACACGAGGGUGAACUUUGAGUGCUUGGGCUGGACACACGGCUCUCAGCCCUACGUGCCACAACACACAACCACAUACACCUAUACCUCUGUGUGCAGAUGCUAUAUCAAUAUGAUGCUAUUCCAGUUUUGUGUGCCAGGAAGUUCUCCAACACCCUCAGCGUUCCUUUUUGCAUGAAGAACCUGUUUCCGACGUUCAUGGUAACUUAGAUAAUUGUAGAAACACUGGGUUAAAUGGUCUUAGCUGUACAUCAGUGUAUAGAAGUCAUGCAUGCGUUUCAGCUGUAUGUAGGCUUUGCAGUUUGUAUUUAUAGAUUCUAAUGUAUAAUAAUCAAAUGACAUUAAGAUGGAUAUAUCAGACAUUGAGAAGUCACUGUUUUUAUCAACUGUUCAGUCAUUUGCACAAUAUUAGACGGCGAAAAUGACUUGUACUGAACUUGACGGUUUUUUAUUUUGAUCGUUUCACGCUAUUUUUCAGUGAAGAGCAGUCCCUCUUCCAUUUACUUUGUUAGUAAGUUACACUGAGGACAACAGACUGACGCGUCGGUUCACUGGUAAUCCUGCAAUACAACAGUGUUCUUCUGUUUUCUGAUUGCCUAUGCGUUAUAAUCAUGUAUCUUUAUCAACUGCUGUAAAACUGUGAUCUAACAUGAGGGGCGCUUGUGCUGCCUCCUCCUUGACAUCUGGUCGAAGAACAAUAUUAUUCAUAUGUAAAAAAGACUAUCAUUAUUUAAGGUUAAUAAUGAUUGUACAUGCAUUGCUGAGGUUGUGUUUUCUGGUAAAUAAAAUAUAGUAUUUGAA